AGAAAACAAAACCAGAAACAGGUAAAACGAACCUACUCUCUCUUAUGUGUAUUCUUUAAUGAUUCAGCUUCGUUAUAGAUCUAAAUGUCUAAUGCUACACAUUGUUAGAUUUUCAAGUUUCUGCCGGAAAAUGGGGAAAGCUAGAGGAGUUAACAGCGGUGGAGGAGAGAGCUCUCUCGGUUACCUAUUUGGAUCUGGCGAGUCAGUUUCUAAGCCGAACAAGCCCACCGCCAACACCAGCUUUACUACAACCACUACAACAACAAAUGCUACUACAACCGGAGAUAAAAACAAGACGGAGGAGGAGGAGAAGAAGGAGAUGUCAGCAGGUGUAAGGGGAAGCCCUAAUAAUUACUUGAGAACAGAGGGACAAAACUGUGGUAACUUCCUCACGGAUCGACCAUCGACGAAGGUGCAUGCAGCACCAGGUGGAGGAUCUUCUCUUGGUUACUUGUUUGGAUCUGGUUCUGGCAAAUGAUUUUGACUUUCCAUAAAUUGUUGAAAAAACAAGUGUAAAAAUUUGUAACUUUAUUUUCCUAUCUUUGAAACUGGUGAUCGAUUGUGUGUUCUUGAGAGAAUUGUUUUGGAUUUGGCAUGUGUUCCUAACAAAAAAAAAGGAUUUGUGAAUAUAUGGUUCAAAGCUAGAAGUUUUCUCGAUCUAGAC